UUUUCUCAAACGUCAAAACAAUAAACAUCAAAGGAUUUUUGGUUCCUGUUUUCUGUAAAACAUGAAUUAAACUAGGCUAAAAAUAUGAAUGGAAGCCCUGGAAUAUGUAAAAUACUUUCCAGGUAUUCACAAUGGACAAUGGAAACAGCAAGGAUUCUAAAGACACUCAAGAGAUAAUAAUUCAAUCAAACAGCUACAAUGUUACAGUAAUACCAGUUGAUUUUUCCAACAGAAACAGACUUUAUAAUUCACAAACUACGGAAUAUAUGAAUGAUCAAUACAGAGAUGAGUAUUUAGCAACAGAUAAUGGAAAUGUUAAUCAAAACAAUCUGUACUCGGUUGCUCAAAGAUUACCCUCAGCAAAUGGGAAUUAUUGUUCUGAUGCCAUUCAUACAGUGAAAAAUUAUUCUGCAAUACAGAAUCAGUGGAAUAAUGAAAAAAUCAUAGUUACUACAGAAGGCAAAAGUACAGAGCAUGGAUUUGAAGAUUUUAAUGAAAAUCAAAAUGAAAUUACUAAAUCGUCUACAUCUACCGCUAAUACCCUUGCAAGCAGUUCCAACACUGCUCCAGUGAUAGAACCUUUUCAAGAACCAGUGAUACCGAUGUGCGUCUAUCUUCACAACAAAACGGUCAUUAUGAUGGAAAUCGAAGACACGCCAUCAGCUACGUGUGAGCUGAUAUGCCAAGCUAUAAUCAACAGCGAAGAACUGGCACUGAACCGAGUUCUAGCCACGCAAGUUUUUACCUUAUGGAUGAUUAGUCCUUUGCUAGAGCUUCAACUGAAGCCAUACUCCAAACCUUAUGAAAUAAGGGAACGUUGGAGAUAUCUUAUUGACAAAUACGCUCACGCCUCUGACAGCAGAAAAGAAAAAGAUGAACCCAAACUUGUCUUUCAAAGAAACAUGUUUUUCUCUAGACAUCUAGAGGAGAAAUUAAAAGAUCAGAAAAUUUUGGAACUGCUCUAUGAAGAAUGCAAAUAUAACAUUUUGAAUGGAAGAUAUCCUUCUGAAAUUCCUCAUCUUAUUAUGCUAGGUGGGAUUCAGGCUAGAGAAGAACUUGGUCCUUACAACCCACAGGUGCACAAUACUCAUUUCUUUAGAGAAGAGCAAUCCAAAUUUUUACCAGCACACGUAAGAAAGAGUCCUUCUUGGACUUGGUUACCAAUUAGUAGCAAAAACUCCGCAGAAGUAAGACUUUUAGAGCAGUUCAAGAGAAUACCCAACACAGCUACGAACAGAAAACUAAUUAAAAAAUACCUGGAGUAUUGUUGGUCCCUACCUUUUUAUGGUGCUGCAUUUUUUGAAGGACAAAUUGAAGAGCCAGUAAGAGGCUUGAUUUCGUUGUUGACUCAUCAGGAUAUUCCUGUGUUAAUCGCCAUCAAUUCUAGAGGGUUGUAUAUCAUAGAUGAUUCAAAUUCGGAAAUAGUUUUGGGACUAAAAUACGAAGAAUUCUCUUGGGACUAUACGAAACCAUCUCGCGAAGACAAUCCCGACUGUCUUCCUUGUCUGUUCAUCCAGUUCAUGGUAAUGGAGAAUGGAGCUAGGGUCUCCAAAAUGUUGCAAGUGUUUUCCAGACAAGCCAGCCUAAUGGAUACCUUGAUCAAUUCUUACGUUUCUGAGCUUACGGCUAAGGCUAAUGACGAGGUGGACAACAAGAUGUAUGACAACCAAGCAAGCAGUGAUAACGAUAAUCAGCCUUCUACAGUCGGAAACCACAUAUACCCAUCCAACUACUCAGUACUAAGCAACAAGCUAAAUAAACUAACUUUGGCAACUUUUGACGAUAAUGGACAUUGCAUAGGACAGAUGGGUUCUUGGUCUUUUAGCUAUUAAAAAUUAUUUUUCUUAUGUAUUUGUUCUCAAUGUACCCUGACUGAAAUUAAAUGUGAUUUUAACCUAAGUAGAUAUUGCAAGAAUUCUAUGAUAUCCGGUAAUUAGUCUUAUUUAUUUAUUGUUAGUUUCUAAUCGAAAAACAGUACAAAAUUCAAAAUUAUAUUCUUCGAUAGGGAUAUGAUUUCGGGAAUUACAUUCACUGUCAAAUAUUCCGCCGCUGGACAUAUUAAAUCUCAGCAAGUCACUUGCCGUAAAAAAUGUUAUU